CUUUUUUUUUUUUUUUCGUUCUUAUUCCAUUUUUCUUUUUUAGCUGAAGUAUGUCUUUUUAUGGUACUUCUGAUUUGGAAAAGGAUGUCCAUAGAGCUGAAUCCAUUCUUAGUUUUUUUACUGAUCCAGGAAAAGGUCAAGAUAUCAAGAAAUUGAUUCCACCAAGUAUAUUAGCAAGUGCUCAUGGAAUUGUAUUUAUUCGACUUUAUCGUGUGGGUUUAUUGAUCUCUGCCAAAGGAGGAAACGGUAUUAUUAUUGCAAGAUUACCUGAUGGAAGUUGGUCAGCACCGUCUGGAGUAUCCAUGACUUCAGUUGGAUUUGGUCAUCAAGCUGGUGGGGAAGUCAUUGAUUCUAUUCUCGUUUUGAAUUAUCGUGGUGCUGUGAAAGCCUUCUUUGAUGCUGGUGGACAAAUACAAUUGGGAAUCAAUAUGUCCGUAGCUGCUGGGCCUUUGGGUAGAUCUGCUGAUCUUGCUGCCUCUGCCUCCAGUUUCAAACAUAUCGCUGCUACCUAUGCUUAUAGUUCGUCAAAAGGAUUAUUUGCAGGUUAUUCUUUUGAAGGAUCUAAGAUCUCUGAACGAUCCAAAACCAAUGCUAGCUUUUAUGGGCGACAGAUCAGUGCACAGGAAAUCCUUACAGGGGCAAUUCCUCCUCCUCGAAUGGCUUCUGGUCUUUAUGAUAUAUUAUACUCAAUUGGUGCUGCUGGUCCUCAACCUGGUAUCAACUUUGGUCCUGUCAAAUCAUCCGCUCUUAGUCCAUAUAGACCACCAUCAUCAGCAGUAAUACAUCAGCAACAACAACAUCAACAACAACAACAACAACAACAACAGCAGCAGCAGAAAGAACAACAGAAGCAACCUGCGUUUAUUCCGCCAACAUCAUCAAUACCACUGUCGCCUCAUUCGACUUCUGGUGGCUCAUUCUAUUCAGAUCAUGAACCAUCAGCUUCAUCGCCAGUCAUGUCCACUACUCCCAAUGGAUACCCUAUUGAAAAACAACAACAUCUAAACUCGAAUUCACCUUAUCGCCAUUGCUCUUUACAACCGUCAUUAUCGAUCCGUCAUCCACCACAAUCAAAUCCUCGUCAUAGUGAAAGUGACGUCAGUCAGUACUACAAUCGGCAACCAUCACAUACAAGAAUUCCUGAUGCUGCAGCUUCAUCGUCCGAAUACGCGGAGCCUCCUCCUCCAUAUGAACCAAGUACCAGCAGCGUUGUACCAAGUGUCAGCAAUGUUGGCAAUACUGUGGAGAACAAUCAUCAACAUCUACCAUCUUCAUCAUCCGUCGCAUUAGUUCCUGGUAUGAGUGACCAUAAACCACCUAUCAACACGUUAGUUUCAACAUCUAGUCAACCACAUCUGCAACAACAAUUUCAUCCGCAGCCAUUUGGACAACACCGACCAUUGAUGGAAGGAGCAGUAUCAUCACCGGUAUCGUUAUCACCUACAUCACCAAUCAUCACAGGAUCAUCAUCAAAUACAGCGAUUAAUACACAACAUCAUGUACCUUCGCCUACCGAUAAAAGCAACAAAAAAGGUGCAUUUGUUGUGGUUGCAAAAUAUGAUUUCAAUGGACAAGAACAAGGGGACUUGGCAUUCAAGGCAGGGGACCAUAUCACGGUACUUCAAUGGACAGAAGACAGACAAAGUUGGUGGCAUGGACAAAUAGGAUCACGAACAGGACAUUUCCCAGCGAAUUAUACUGAUAACCUUUAGUAUUAUUUAUGACAGCAAAAAUCUGUGUUGUAUUAGUAUUGUACUUCAUGUUAUAGUCUUAUUAUUUGUAGCUUAUAUAUCAUCUCUUACUUUAUAUUUAUUAACAAAUAAAACAUUUCAUGAUAUUAUUUCUUAA